UCCGGAAAUCGAAUCCUGGCGUCACAGGUCUAAUCUCGCGAGACGGUGACGUCACGCUGCAUCUCGCGUUGCUGCUCUCGGUUGUUUUGCGAUCGUGACCAACGAGGACGGGAUUAUAGAUCAGUGUUUCUUAAGGGAAGUAUUGGCGCAGUUGAAGCAGUCUGCCGGCCCCGAACAACUGCGCAUGCACCGAAAGUCCCGGUAAUUGCCAAUGCGCCAGAAGACCCGAAGAUUACUGAAGAAGAUGGCUGCCGUGAACUCCAAUGCCCUGAAUCUGCACUAAGGGUUAUCGGUCAUUCUUGGCUGGAUUUGUUGGACCUGUUGAUAUUUCUGACGGCGAUUUGCAGAUACCGAAUAUUUUGUUUCUACAUGAGAGUAGGUGAUCGCUUUCUAAGUCUAUUGCUUCACCACAAGAUUCUAGUGUCAUUAAUAUAAUGAACUCAAAACUAACCAGCUAAUAACACAGUGAAAAAGGAUCGCUUUAAAUUAAUACGCAUCGGCACAUCAAGACUAAUAUUCUGAUACAAUCUGGUCUGCAUUUUCCGGUUCAUCGUCACCCAUGCCUAAUUGUAUUGUUAGUGGUUGUCCGCAUCGAUCUGGACAGAAGGAUAAAUACCCAAAUGUAACUCUACAUAAUUUUCCAAACAAUAUCCAUAAAAUUACUAAUUGGCUUAGACAAACUUCUCAGUAUGGCGAAGACUUGGAAUCCGUUGCUAAUGAAAUCUUCCAAGUAGCAAAAACUGGUAGACAUAGAAUCUGCUCUGUUCACUUUACUGAAGAUUCAUUUAUAAUUCAAGGGUCAAAACGGGUACUAAAACCAAGUGCUGUACCCACCAUUUUCCUGAACCAACCAACUCCAAUUUCUGUAUCGGCUAUUGAAACUGCACCCUUUCAAAGCCAUAAACGAAGAAGAGUAGAGCAAAAGCUACCUUUUCCCUCACAAACCAUUGUGCGUGUAAUAAAAAAUCUUGUGACUGUAGGCACACAAACAGACAAAACCUUAUUUGCGGAUGGUGUAACAGCAGAUGCUAAACCUUUUGGUAUUCAUUCAGCUUGUGGUCAAGAUAAUCCCAUAAUACAACCUGAUACCCUUGUACGAACUGGAGAUGAUUACGUGGAGACGGAACCUUGGCGAAUAAGAAGUGGUCAUUCUUAUCCAGUAGAAUUCCCUAUACCAAUUAAAUUAAUCAAAGUAUCAAGUACUACGGAACAUAUGCAAUACGAACUAAUUGAUGACAAAUCUAAUGUGGAAGAAGCAGUACAUUUAUCACAAUCUUUAAUAUGUGGUAAUCAGAAAUCAUCAUCUUUCUAUGCACCCAAAGAAAGCACAUUGUCAAGUUGUACAGAAGGAGAUAGAACCGGAACAGUAAAACCAGAAGAAAUUCAUCAGCGACGGUUCAUUGUGUUUGAAGAACUACUUGACCAAUUGCUGUAUCUAAUAAAAUGCCAACACAGCGCUGAAGCACCUUGCCACGCACCAAUUGUUGAAAUUGACAAAAAAAUUUACGGAACUAUGGUUGCAAUAAAAUUAACAUGUCUUUCUGGACAUUGUUCUUUGAUAUGGAAUUCACAACCAAUGUCAGGUGAAAUAUCUACUGGUAAUUUAUCAGUAGCAUGUGCAAUUUUGUUAAGUGGUUCAUCCUUUACCAAGGUCCAAGAAAUGUUCAAAUUGAUGUCAAUGCCCCUUUUCCCCCAUACUACUUAUUAUACAUAUAAAAAAAGGUAUAUUUUUCCAGCAAUUGAACUAGCGUGGACAAAUGAACAGGAAUCAUUUCAAAAACACAUUGUUGAACAAGCAGCUGUUUUGGCUGGCUAUGGACAGUUUGACAGUUCUGUGGAUAGUGCAAAAUACUGUACUUUUUCAAUGAUGGAUAGUGUGUCCAAAAAAAUUGUGGAUUUCGCAAUCGAACAAGUUGGUCCAGGAAAGAAUGCAGGUACAACAGAGCAAAUAGCAUUAAAAAAAUGUCUUGAUAACUUGGAAGCAAAAGGGGUUGACAUCAAAGUCUUGGCCACCAAUCAAAAUAGUAGUGUUAGAAAGUUUAUGAAAUCAAAAUCUGCAACCAUUAAUCAUAAAUUUGGUGUGUGGCAUAUCUGCAAAAGCCUUGUGAAGAAACUCACCGCUGCUAGCAAAAAAAGAAAGUGUAAAGAUAUCGCCCAGUGGAUAGGUCCAAUUACAAACCACCUCAUCUGGUGUGUGCAGACAUGUGAUCAGAACGUUGACCUUCUUCUAGAUAAAUGGCGUUCACUAAUGUAUCAUAUAGCAAAUAGGCAUACUUUUAAAAAUCUAAAACAUUACACAAAAUGUCAACACAAGCAAUUAACGGCUCAGGAACAGAAAGUCAGAAAAUGGAUCACACCAGCCCAUCCAGCAUACAGCACUCUUGUCGACAUUCUAAACAACAGACUACUAAUAAGAGACAUAUCCAGGUCAGAGAAAUUCUGCCACCCAGGAGAUCUAGAAAACUUUCACAGCAAAGUUCUAAAAUACAGGCCUAAAAAAACUGCAUUUCAAAUGGAUUCGGUAUACGCAAGAACCAUGCUGGCCGUUUUAUCUCACAAUAAAAAUGUAAAUCACCCACAGGCAAUGGUACAUUGUAGCAAAACAACCCCUCUAGCUGCUGGCAACAAAAGCUUUCAGUUAGUAUUUCCCGAACAAAAAAAGGAAUGGAUUCCUAAUCCUAUUUAUGAGCAAGUAACUGAUGUGCAUCUGUUUGAUAUUAUUUCGGACGCUGCUGAAAUUGUAAGAGGAGAAAUUGUUCACCGUUGGUAGUCUAGAAGUAGGGGAUUACCUAUCAAUAUUGCUUUCAAAGAAAGACCUGGAAAAUCCUCCUGAGUAUCUUAGAACUAUACAGGUAUACAUGUUACAAACAAUAAAACCACUGUUUAUUAAGUCAUUAAUGGUCUGCGACCAAAAAAUGUAAAUUAUAUUUCUGCCUGUGGUUUCAAUAAGAAAGGAAAAUUACUUGUUUUAUACUAUUUUUAGUUCAGUUGCCAGUCAGGCUUCCCCCAAAAAGUGGGAGGAACAAUGUUACAUGGGAGGGCACUGAUGUCAUAGCCUAUUGCUUGCCCUUUCUUUUUAUGUGAACUUGCCACAUGCUCCUGCAGACAACGCAACUGCCAAUUUUAUAGUUAUAUUGAAAACUAAACAUAUUUAAUUAAAUUACAUAUUAGUAAUAUACAUGAAAUGGCAUUAUUUUGUAUAUAAUUUUUUAUUUCUAUGUUAAACAGAUAUUAACCAUAUUUUGUAUGAGGGCUUCACUUGUAUGCAUAGCUCGUUUCUUUUUGCCAUAUUUAUAUUCCAACAUGAAUGCUAGUUGCUAUAUUGCUUGCUUCAGAAGGAAAGCGGUAUAGGGAUGCACCGAAUCCAGGAUUCAGGUCUGGCUGAAUCCAAGUGCCUUGCUGAACUGGAUCCAAAAAAAACACGUGAAUUUUCAUCACAUAAAUAAGGAAGUCAAAAGUUGUUUUUUUUAACCAUGUGCUGUGGGUGCGGUUCUUUUUCCUCAUUUCCCUGAUUUGCACAUGCAAAUUAGGGUUCGGAUUCAGUUUGGUAUUUGGCCUAAUCUUUGACAAAGCAUUGGUCGAAUCCUAAAAUGGAGGAUUCGUUGCAUUCCUAAAGACGUAUCUGCAUAAAAUCACAAUUUACAUGUUUAAAGGAGAACUAAACCCUCUUUAACUGAAAAGCCCCACUACCCUCCAUAGUGCCCCCUCCCCGCAUAGUGCAUUCGCGAAAAUGUGUCCCUAAUUGUGAAUUUCACUCAUCUGUGCACAGUAGCGCAGCAGAGCAUAAGGGUGCCAUCUUACACAUCUACAGUUUUCUUCAGGAAUGGACCAGACACAGAAAUAUUUGGCCCAUGCACAAUUGGAGCCAGUCUGGAAAUAGCCGAAGGGAAGGAAGAGUAUCCAAAAAAAAAAUGAAGAUGCGAAAUAUGGUGCCCUUGAGCUCCACUGCUCUACUCUGUACGGAUACGUGAGAUUCACAAUUAGGGAUACAUUUUUCACUAAUGCAUUAUACAGGGAGGAAGCAGGGAGGGUAGUGGAUGGGACUUUUCACAUUGGAGGGGUUUAGUUCUCCUUUAACCCAGAGCAAGGAAAUCACUGUGCCCAAUGAUGAAUAUUGUGAAUAUUUAGUAAACUGUUCAAUAAAACACUACAUUAGUU